UUUUUAGUUGGCGAACCUCUUGGAGAGCCAAAGAGAAAAGCUCCCUGGUCUUUUUGUCGAUUGCUUCAUUUAAUGGCAUUUUGUUAGCUUUCGAGUUUUGAGUGAUACGUAUUUGUAAAAUUGUAUACAUUUUCGAUCCCGUAUUUUCCCCGUACUUGCUAACCGUGUUACACGCUAGCUAAUGAGUAAAAGCUAGCCAUGUCGAAUUAGAUUUUCCACAAUGGCCAAGCUGUUUGAGUCUAUUGGUAAGCUGGGGCUGGCCCUGGCCAUAGGUGGGAGUGUUGUGAACUCAGCUCUUUUCAAUGUUGAUGCAGGGCACCAGGCAGUGAUAUUCGACAGGUUCCGAGGUGUGCAGGAGUCUGUGGUCGGCGAGGGCACUCAUUUUCUCAUCCCGUGGGUGCAGAAGCCAAUCAUUUUUGACUGUCGAUCCCGUCCCCGAAACGUCCCCGUCAUCACGGGAAGCAAAGAUCUGCAGAACGUCAAUAUCACAUUGCGUAUCCUCUUCCGGCCGGUGAGCGCGCAGCUCCCACGCAUCUUCACCAGCAUUGGCGAGGACUACGAUGAAAGGGUGCUGCCGUCCAUCACCACGGAGGUCCUGAAGGCCGUAGUGGCUCGGUUUGACGCCGGUGAACUCAUUACGCAGAGAGAGCUCGUCUCUCGCCAGGUCAGCGAGGACCUUACAGAAAGAGCGUCCACAUUCGGACUCAUCUUAGAUGACGUUUCACUGACACACUUGACGUUCGGCAAGGAGUUCACAGAGGCCGUAGAAAUGAAGCAGGUGGCCCAACAGGAGGCCGAGAGGGCCAGAUUCGUUGUGGAGAAGGCGGAACAAUUGAAGCAAGCCGCCGUCAUCUCAGCUGAGGGCGACUCCCAGGCUGCCCUUCUCAUCGCCAACUCCCUCAUGGAAGCCGGCGACGGUCUGGUGGAGCUGCGGAAACUGGAGGCGGCCGAGGACGUGGCCUUACAGCUUUCCCGCUCGCGGAACGUCACGUACCUGCCGUCGGGGCAGGGCACUUUGCUCCAACUGCCCCAGUGAUGAUCUGUAUCUGCGUACAGAACUAUAUUCAGUCAAUCGCGUGAGCCAAUUGCUUAAGACUCGACUCUACGGCGACGCAUGUCUUAGCGUGUGGAUGUGAACAUGUAAAACACCAUAUUCCUCGACAACAAUAAAGUCUGUCUUUCUA